AUGACAGCAAGUGCUGUGAAGCAACGAUCGGAGUUCCUCGUUGCCUUCUUUGACUUGCCGAACGCCGACAGGAUGAUUGAAAGUUUAAGCGGCGGAGAACGAAGAAGAGUAUCUUUGGCUUGUGCACUCUUGCACAAACCACCACUUUUGAUUCUAGAUGAACCGACUGUCGGGGUAGAUCCUGUUCUACGUCACAGCAUUUGGGAGCAUUUGAACGCACUGACGAAAACGGACGACACCUCUGUUCUUAUGACGACCCAUUACAUUGAAGAAGCUCGACAAGCUAACCGGGUUGGGUUGAUGAGAAAUGGAAGAUUGUUGGCUCAAGCAUCUCCGGAGUCAUUGUUAGCUGCUCAUGAAGCACUGACAUUAGAAAAGGUUUUUCUGCUCCUAUGUCAACAAGCAGACAAAUUGGAGAGAACUCCUGUGAUCUUCAGCAAUGAAUAUUCCUUUGAUUACGGCACUCCGAAUGGAACAGCUGCUUCACCUAUGAAAUCGGAAGACAUUUCGGAAAUGCACCCAAUUUCGUCUGUGGUUCCGGUGUCGGAGAAAUCAACCGAAAUUCCAGCCAAGGCGACGUUUGAAAACCCAGCAUUUCAGUUAGGAGACGAUCAGCACUACAUCGCAGUUCAAGAAACUGAACCAACAGAGAAGUUUUCUCCUGUUCCAAAGUCGCUGACAGAAAAGAAACGCGGGAGUGAAUGGAUUCCCAGCAAAACCACCAUGCAAGCUUUGUUGUUCAAAAAUUUCAUUUUAAUGCUGAGACACAGAGGAGCGUUGACGUUUGAAAUUUUGCUGCCACCUCUCCAAAUCAUCUUGUUCUUCCUCACACUGAGAUCCGGAGCUCAGAACCUGGUUUUAACAGUGUUCAACGAAGAGGCAGUGAAUAUCACAUCUCCAACUCAAGCAUUUUGUCGUGAAAAUGCGUUUUCUUGUGAACUGAUCGACUCCAUACGCUCAAAAACUCUGCAACCG